UGGAAUUGUUGUGUGUACGUACUUGUGUGGGUACAAGCCGUGGUUUAAUAACUCUGUACAAGGUCAACAAGAAGUAGCUUGUUCUCACAAUCGAUCAAGACAAAGAUCAGAGUCUAGUCGAGUUCGACCGUCAACACGUUAGCAAGUGUGAUGGCUUCCAAGGAGUGUAUGUGUGUGGCAUUGUUUGACUACGCGGCGAGAGAUUCUGAAGAGCUGUCAGUGAGAAAGGAUGAGAAAUUAUCUGUCAUUAGUGACCAGGGAACUUGGUGGAAUGUGAGAAAUGAAUCUGGAGUGGUAGGGCUUGUUCCCUCUAACUAUGUACAGACUAUAAAGCCUUCGACAAGUACCAGUAGAUCUGCAAAGCCCUCGACUAGUAGAUCUGACAUCAAAGAGGGCCCUGGGAUGUAUCAACAAACAGACUUGAUGAUGGGCAAAUCACAAACCAAACCUUCACUAAACAUUCCGGCUGUUGCCAAGUUCACCUAUCAGGCUAAUAAUGAGGACGAACUCGAUUUGAAAAAAGGCGAAGAGGUGAUAGUGAUGGAACAAGAAGCGGACGGGUGGUGGAGAGGUCGAAUUGGGGCCAGGAUCGGAUGGUUUCCGUCUAACUAUGUCGAGGAGAAAGCAGAUACGUCAUUGUCAUCAGAACCGGUGGCGGUGGCGGUGGCAGCAGCAGAAAAACCAAAGGAGAAGGACAAGACAUUCAUCUGUGGUGUGAUAGCCCUUUAUUCGUUCAACUCCGGUAAUCCUGAGGAGCUUCAAUUUGAUAAAGGAGAUUUGAUGGACAUUGUUGACCAACCUUCGGAAGAUCCCGACUGGUGGGAGGCAAGGAAAUCUGAUGGAGUCACUGGUCUGGUGCCCAGAAACUAUGUGGAGGUUGUACAUGAUGCUGAACCUGUGUUUGGGAAGACCGCACCUCCAAGCAGUGCCGGGCCGUCGGCUUCUCAAGCUGGGGGGAUGCGAAAGGACCCUCCCUUUCUACGCGAACCCUGGUUCCAUGGCAAAAUGGCGAGGAGAGAGGCGGAAAACAUUCUUAACUCUCAAGCACAAAAUGGGCAGUUCAUUGUGAGGCAGAGUGAGACUAAGCCUGGUGACUUCUCGAUAUCAAUGAAGGCUCCAGAUAGAAUCAAGCACUUUAAUGUCAAGUAUCUACCCGACAAUCGAUUGGGGAUUGGACAACGGAAAUUUGACUCCAUGGAUGAGCUAAUCCAGCACUAUCGUCGAGCACCCAUUUUCACAACAGCCAAUGAAGGGAAAAUGUACUUAGGAACUGGACUUCCUAAGAGGUAGUGUGUGUCUAGAUUUUUUUGUGUUUGAAUGUGUGAUUCGUUUUGAAUCAAUGUAGGAAGAUGUAUUCACAAAGCUUUAUCUCAUUUCUCUCAGGCUUUGUAUAUAGCACAAUGUGGUCAUGCUAGUGAUAUAGUCAUCAUAAUAUAUUACAGAUGUGUUGUGUGUAUUUAAAUGAUGUGUGCACUGCAAUAGUUAACCUGUUAGUGUUAUUUUUAGCUAUUUCUAUAAUAAUUUAUAGCAUUAAAAUGUGAAAAUUUUAUUUUCUGUGUGUUUAAUUGGAUAAAAAAAAACAUGGCAUUGUAAUAAAUACAA